AUGUCUGACACCGACCCCGCCGAUUCUGCGCUUCUCGUCGAAUCGCAAGCCAUCGAACAACUCAACCGCGCAAGGCGCCAGCUUCGUCGAUCCAGAAACUCUGUUCGUGCGUCAGAACAUAUACUCCAGCUACUCAACCGGCUUGUGCCCAGCCUCACAAUUGACGAGCUUCGAGAACUUUCGCAAAUUCAACGGAGCAUGGCGCGUAACUUACGUACACGAGGUGAAGCUACCGGAACUACAGGCGAAGGCGAGAACAUUGUUGUUCCAGUAUCUGUACCUCAAGCCCAAUCCGCUCUCAAGCCUGCCACGACGCUUGUUUCUAUGCUGCCAAAGACCCCAUACAGCGAGGUGAAGGAGGCAGAGGGGACCGUGAACACACCCGCUUAUACCAAAGUACAACUGGCGCUCUUAGAGUACCUUAACAAGCACGCAUCCGAGAAGCUCACGGUCCGGCAAGCUCAUAACUGGACAGAACGUAUUGCAGACAACAUGCAUCCCGCUGCCAAGGAUGCGCUGCGUCUCUGCUACUACAUGCGCUCGCAGGGCUUCGACACGUACGCCGAUGUUCGGGAUGGCUCCAUCGAGCUGUAUCUCUCUAAACAGGCACCAGAGAAGGGUCGCAGCAAGGCCUCGUUGUAUUGGAAGCAGAAUUACUCGACGAACGCCAUAGAGCACACGGUAUCUGAAGCAUAUAUCCCACCCCGUCCGGCGCGAUACGACGAUUUCAUGCCCUCGAUGGUCUCCGGGGCUCAACUUCUGAGUGAUCUCUUGGCUGGGCCAGAUCCAAGUAUCCCUCAACAUCCAGGUGGCCCUGGAGAGGAUGCAGGAGACCAGGCCGCUCCGGUACCGGAGGGCGACCAAGCACAAGAAGACGUUGAACCGGCCGAGCAUGAUGUCGCUACUAUGCUCGCCGUCGCUCAAGCAGACUUGGAGGCUCAGUUCUUGUCUGAUACCCCCGAUUCAGACGCCGUUGAAGCUCUGCUCGCCCGCAUUGAGCAGCUCAACAGCCAGGAAUGA